AGGAAGAGAAGGGAAAAGGGGAGGAGGAGGAGAAGAGGAGGAAGAGGAGAAGGAGGAGAAGAAGAAGAGGAAGAGGAGAAGGAGGAGGAAAGGAAAGAGGAGGAGGAGGAAGAAGAAGGGGGCGCGCUUCUGCCCCCCGAUUUGGGGAAGGAGAAGAUGCGAUGGUGGUCCCGGCUCUCCUCUUGCGCGCAAGCCGGCUGCCUGCUCGCUCCUGCCCGCGCCUGAGCCAGCCGGAGGGAGCCUCCUCGCAGCUGCAGCGGUAGCAGCGGCAGCAGACACCCCCCUCCCCUCCCACUCACCCCCCCACCUCCCCAGGGCCAGAUCCGCGGGACCCCUCCCCGGCUGGAUGGACGGGGGGCGGCGUCCGCGGUACGAUGCUGCCCGCGGUGCUGCUGCUGCUGCUGCUGUGGCUGGGCUCGGCGUGCGCCCUGCAGCCCCGCGACGCCCCCGGCGGCUCCGGGCAGCCUCCCCGCGCCUCCCCCGCGCCCGCCUGGCCCCGGCGAGGGGAAGGCAGCGGCGAGAACGAGCCCUCGGCCGCCUGGACCCCCAACGGCCCUCGGCCGGCUCCUCCGCAGGGCGCCGAGAGCGCGCGCGCCGGCCCUGCCCCGACCUUCACCUGGCCGUCUCCGGCCCCUUCCUCGCCGCCACCCCCGGCCUCGGCCUGGCCUGCCCCGCAGGGGGGCACCCCCGGCCCCCCAACUGACGGGCCGCCCCCGUCGGCAGAGGAGGAGAAGGAGGAAGAAGAGGAGGAGGAAGCGCCGGUGCCCAGCGGAGCAGAUGUCUUUUGUAACUGCAGCUCCGUCGGAAGCACAAGUUUGAGUGAGUGCAACAGCACGGGUCACUGUCCCUGCCACCCAGGUUAUACGGGGCCCUCGUGCGACAGAUGCGAAGAUGGCUACUAUCUCGGUCAAGCUGACCAGCGUUGCCUUCCUUGCGAGUGUCACCUGGAGGACUCCAUCUCUUCGUCCUGCGACAACCUUGGGAGAUGCCAGUGCAAAGCUGGAGCCACGGGGAUCAAAUGCCUCCAGUGCCAGGAAGGAUUUUCCAAGUUCAACGGGACCACGUGCCAACCAUGCCAGUGCAACAAUCAUUCUUUGCAGUGUGAUCCUUUGACAGGCGCUUGCCUUAAUUGUCAUGGAAACACCGAAGGCACUCACUGUGAGAAUUGCAAAGGGCAAUUUUAUCGCAACCACUCCCAGCUCCACGAAUGUCUCCGUUGCCCUUGCUCCACGGAGUUUUCCAGCGGCAGCUGUCAAAUAAAGCCUGGUCAGCAGACCCCAACCUGUGACCAGUGCCGGCCUGGCUACGUCGGCCCUCUCUGUAAUCAAUGUGACAACGGCUACUACAGCUCGGACAGCGUCUGCCUCAAAUGCCAGUGCAAUGGGAACGUGGACCCAGCCCUUUCACCAAGAGUCUGCAGGGCAGAUACGGGGGAAUGCCUCAGUUGCCUCCACCACACAACUGGGCCUCAUUGUGAGAAGUGUCAAGAAGGAUAUGUCAAACUGUUGGAAGGAGGGAACUGUACCAAGGAAGAAUCUACUCUGGCCCCCAGGCUCAUCCCUGCAGCUCCAAAGGUCAGUGCAUCAACCAUCUCACCUACAGUGGUCUUGAACAGCACAUCGGGGCAGACCCCGGUAGAGACGGCUUUCCCAAGUCCAUCUUCUGAAAACAGCACCUUGACGUUGGGGGAGGUCUCUUGGGCCCAGUUCAACAUCAUUAUCCUCACCGUGAUCAUCAUCCUGGUGGUGUUGCUGAUGGGCUUUGUAGGCGCCGUCUACAUGUACCGUGAAUAUCAGAACCGGAAGUUGAACGCUCCUUUUUGGACCAUCGAACUGAAGGAGGACAACAUUAGCUUCAGCAGUUACCACGACAGCAUCCCCAACGCGGACAUUUCCGGCCUGUUAGAAGAUGACGGCAACGAGGUGGCACCCAACGGGCAGUUGACGUUGACCACGCCCAUGCACAACUACAAAGCGUGACAAAUCCAAAGCUGGCAAGCUUUCUAACUUGAACAGAUCAGUGCUUUGGGAGAAGACUGGAUGAUUCCCGCGAUUCAUGCAGGAGGAACGAGAUGUUUUCCUUUUUCCUGGGUUGACCUAGCUUCCGGUCGAUUGUUCAACAAGAAAAAGAGCGUCGGGCAACGAUGGAGGCGAGUCAAAUGAGAAGUACGGAUGGGGUUCGGCUCAGCCUUUCUGAGGCCACCGUGGGUAUUUGCUUGUAUUUUUUUAAAAGAAGCAGCUGCUUGAAUAAUAUAUUUUUGUACGGAAGCGUUGGAGAUGUCCCUCAGAAAUCCUCUCAUUGCUACUCAGAAAACCCAGAACCGAAUUUUUUAAGCGCUUAUUGGAAACGCGAUCAACGACAAGAGGACAAGCGGUUUGGGAAAAGAAGAAUUUUUUUUAAAAAAAAAAAACGUUUCCCGGUCCGAGUUUUUGCUAUUUAAAACGAUUGACGGAUUCAGACGGAAGAACAGCGACCAAAGUUUUGCCUAAGUCUUUCGUUCUCUUUUCUCUUUUGGUUUUAAGAAAAGGGACCGAGGCGUCCUCUUUCCCUCCUUUUGUGAAUAGUUCCUUUCCAAGCUAGUAACCUUAUUUAAAAAGUUCAACGUGGCUCUUUGUUUUCCCGUCUUGCUUCGACCUGGAUUCCUUCCCCGAUAGAAAAGGUGAAAGAAGAACGUCAAGAUUUAUUUCCAGAGCAGAAAACGGUGUGUAUACAGAAUGUAAACAAUAGAUUUCUUCGGCUGCAUUUGUAACUAUUGUACAAAAAGAAGAAGAAGAAGAAUCAGGCGUCGAAUUUUAACUGUUUUAAGAUUUUUAUCUGUACAGGGGUUUGUGGCGUUGUUAAAAAAAAAAAAGCGAGGCCAAAUGAAACCAAACCCAAGCUAAGAAUUGGGGUGGGAGAAAGUAAGUAUUGUAUUAAAGUGCUGUAAAUUUAGAGGGCGAAUGUCUGGAGCUGGGACUCCAGUCAAAACAGGUUUGUGGCUAAUAUUUCCUCUUCUAAUAAUACAAGUUGUUUGCAGCUUCAA